UUCCAAGACAAAUUAAUUUUAAUUAUGAGUGGAGAGGAGGUUCAUUUAAGAGCAGACAAAAACAAUUGGAACGUUUUAUAUUCCCCUGAUCAUCCAGAAAAUUAUUGCCCAUCAAUGAAUUGUUCAUGGCUUUUAGAAGCUCCAGAAGGCUAUCAUUUAGUUGUUAAUAUUUCAGAAUUCUAUACGGAAGCAGACCAUGAUUUUUUAGCUAUUUUUGAUGGGAAUGAUACAAAUCAGAAACAUAUGGAAAUGCUUUCUGGAAUGAUCUCAUUUAAAAAUACAAUACACAGUACAAAAAAUAUAAUGGCAAUAUUAUUUAAUUCUGAUAUUAGCAUUCAAAUGGGAGGAUUUGCAAUAUGGUACAGAGCUGGCAAGUUGAUUGAUUUGAAUUUUUAUUUAAAAUCAGAAUUAAAAAUCGGAAAAAUAAUUUUGUGA